AUGGUCGAAAAAGAAUGCUUGGCCUUGGUAUUCGCCAUCCAAAAGAUGCGACACUACCUGGUCGGCCAGACAAUCCAUGUCAUCUCCCGGAUGAACCCUAUUCGAGUCUUCAUGACGCAACCUGCAGCGCUAAAUUGGCGUCUAGCCAGGUGGGCACUUCUGCUCUCCCAAUACGACAUCCACUUUAUGCCACAAAAAUCCGUCAAAGGACAGGCCAUCUGCGAUCUCAUGGCCAGUCAUCCACUGGGGUCAAAGACCGACCUGUUCGAAGAUUUGCCAGAUGAACCGCCUGAAGUCAACGUAACUUCGUUACCGGAGUUAUGGCAGAUGUUCUUCGACGGCGCGUCUCGCGCAGCUGCGGCAGCUGCGGACGGCUCCAUUGUUGUGGGAGUGGGGGUAGUCCUCACUUCUCCACAUAACCACGUGCUGCCCCGAGCCUUCUCUUUGACAGAGCCAUGCACCAACAGCGUGGCCGAGUACAACGCAUUACUCAUUGGACUCGAGCUAGCAAAAGAGCUAGGGAUAAAGCAUCUCGAGGCUUACGGCGAUUCCCAACUUAUCGUCAAACAGAUGACCGGCGAAUACGAAGUUAGGAACGAUGACUUAAUCCUACUCCACAAGGCGGCUGUCCUCCUAGUGGAAUCAUUCGAGAGCUUCCGCAUUGAGCACGUGCUACGUUCCAAGAACACACAUGCGGAUGCCCUCGCUUCACUGGCGGCCAACUUGGUUCAACCAUUCGGGACAACCAAAUGGGUGAUAGUGGCGAGCAAGAAGCUCUUUCGACUGAAGGAUGCUCCAGAAGCGAACGCCACCCAUUAA